UACGAGUGAAAAUCCAAAAAUCUCAGUUUUUUUAGUUUAAAUUUAAUUAUGUUUGUGAUAUUUCUAAUAUUAUUCGUAGGCGACUGUGAGUGUGACGAAGGUCCUAGUGAUGUGAUAGUGACAUUUGGAUCAGGACAUUCAGACAGCGAGCGAUUGGUCAAUGCACCGAGGUUUAUUGACCAAUCGGACACCAGGAUUGAGUCAUCCUCAACACCUAAUAGUGAAGGUCAACCCACAAGCCCAGCGCCAGAGCAGGGUUCAGUCCUCUUCAUUCCUCGGAACAAUGACGACGAAGAAUACUUGAGGAAGUCCGAGGACAGAAUGCAGGACCUGCUCCACGGCAGGAGGACUAUGGAGGACGUGGCGAGGAAGGCUUUUGAUGCAACUACCAAUGGAGAUAACGUAUUCAUGGCUGGAAAAAACUAUGAUGAACUGGACAAAAAGGAGAAAAAGAAGUCAAACAGAAGAGCCGAGAACCACGAAGAGGCUAAUGAUUAUUCCACUACCGCCGCCCCCAAACGUAUCAACUGUAAAAACCUCAAUUGUGACCAUCAGAAGCUAAAUCCGACGUGCGGUGCAAAAUUGGACCAUAACUCAGUGAAAUACAGACUAUUCCGUAGUAAAUGCUUAUUGAGGAAAGUCAACUGUGGGCUCAACCAUGACAGCAAUAGGUACACCAUAGUGGAACCGAACUAUUGCGAACAUGUCGGCAGACACGGCCAGCCACCCCCACCGAACUACCGACCGUCUACCAACUACAGCUACAGGAAGAAACAGGAUCUGCCGCCACUGGAGACCAGGAGACUCAUGGCUUCUAAAAGGUCUCAGAACAUGGAUAUAAAUGGGCAAUUCUGUUUUCAUAUCUGCCCCAUCGUGUGUCCAGACCAGUACGAGCCCGAAUGUGCAAUUUCCGAGACUGGCCAAAAACGUGUAUUCAUGAACCACUGUCACCUGGACAUGAGCUCUUGCAAAGAAGACACAGCGUGGCGCGCGCAGCCGCUCGUGCAGUGCGUGGGCGAGGAGGCGGCGGAGAACAAGCAGACGCGGAGCUUUGUGGCGUGGAUGCAGAACGUGGGCGUCGUGGACGCGCGUGGACGACUGUAUAAGGAAUAGAAUAGCAUAGAAUAUUAUUUAGUUUUUCAUUGU